CGGACCCUAACUUUUCUGGAUCCCCUUGAUCGGUUCGCAAUUCACAUCUCACAGCAAUAAAGGUCUUCCCUCUCUCAGAGUCACCCAAACCUUGACCCCUUAUAUGCUCGCCGUAAUCGCCGCCUGAAAUGGAGCCCGACGGCGCAGCGCCGAUGCAAGUCGAGUCCGCGGCGGACAAAAGCCCUAACUCGGAGCUCCCUCCCAAAUCCAGAGAAGAAGGCGAGCUCUCUUCCGAUGAUAAUGACGAAAAUCCUGUUUUCUCGGUUGCACGUUCCACUGGUACUCCCGGGCCCAUGCUGGUUCCACCAGUGAACAAAUUCACCCAUGGGAAUCAAGCGGGGAAGGCUGUAUCUCCUGCAAGCUCUACUGAUAUUCAGUGCCAAACCUCCAAGCAACCUACUUCCCAGAAGAGCAAUGAUGCGAACAGAGUACCGUUAAAACCUGCUACACCUGGAUGGCGUCCUCCACGUGCCCACUCGGGGCCCAACAAUAAUCUUGUGAUAAGCUUCUCAGAUGAUGACAGUCAGAGUGAUUCUGAAGAAAAAGAGCGUGGGAAACUAAAAGCUUCACAAACUAAAAGUAAUAUGACUCGAGGGAAUGCUAAUGGAAAACCACCCAUUUCUUCACUUGCAAAACCAAACAAGUUGGGACAGCCUGCCAGAAAUGUGAACAAAGUUAUGCCCAAAAAGUUGUCUAUGAAUCGCACAUUUAUGACAUCAAUGGCAAAUAUCCGUGGAGUUAAUUCUAGAGAUUCUGUGCCUUCAUCAGUUGAGCAAGGAUCUCGAGCUGGAAAUUUCAAUUCCAUGAACAAAAAUAUAGUGAACAGAGAGCGUGGAUAUGAACUUCAAGACUUGCGACAGCAGAUUGCACUUAAGGAGACUGAACUGAAGCUCAAGGAAAGUGAACUGAAGCUUAAGUCUGCCCAGCGAACUAAGGAAUCAGUUACAUGCAAGGAUGAGAAUGCUAAGGGCCUGCACAGAGAUGGAGCUGGUAAGUACAGUACAGGAUAUUCUGAUGGUAUGCAGACAGAACCAAAAGAGCCAGAUAAAAAGCGUAUAAAAGUCAGCGGUGCUUUUUCAACUCAGCUAACUGCACUAAGCCCACAAGAAUUACCUGUUGCAAAACCUUUAUUACCAUCAAAAACCCCAGCAAUGGAGGACAAUACUCAAUUGAACACCGGUAAGAUUGAUUAUCUCCAAAAAGAAAAUCAAGUGCGUCCAACAGAGUCGAGCAUUGUAAAAUGGCAAGAUCCUAAUGAUAAACAUGUUGCUGGAAUGUUGGGAAAUAUACAUACUGGACUGAAAGAUGGUGCUGGCAUCAAUGCUAGAUAUAUCCAGUGUGAUGGGAGGGGUAAGCAGAUGGAUUCUGUUGUUACACCAAACCAGGGUAAAUCACUGGCAAAUAUGACGCGCAUUGAUUUUCCAAAUAACUUGAAUAGUGUGGAGUUGAAUCAUACAAAUACUAACACAAACACAAAUAGCGGCCAUCCAGAACCUGGAUCCUUCUUAAACAAUCCAACAUCAGGAAAGAAUUUAAUGGGAAGUGGUGACCAUCAGGAAACCAUAUCCAUUGACAAGAGACUUGAGCCCUCAUUCUACAGUAAAUGUCAGGCACUCCUAAACAACACAAACCUCUCGAACUGUUUUGGUAAUGCAAACGUUAUAGGAGAUGACAACAUGAAGAUGCAGUCAUUGGUUCAAAUGGAGGAAAUGCUAGACAAGAAUCUGGAGGAAGCACAAGAGCAUAGGCGAAGGUGUGAAAUUGAAGAACAAAAUGCUCUUAAAGCUUAUCGUAAAGCGCAGAGGGCUCUUCUUGAGGCGAAUGCUACGUGUGAUGUUCUUUAUCGGAAAAGGGAACUAUAUUCUGCCGACUUCCGUGCUUAUGUUAUUAACAAUCCCAGUUUGUUAUGUUCCUCAAGGCAGAACGAACAAGCUGGACUUGGGUUGGAUCACCCUAAUAACUUGUCUGAAAAUGUGAAUUUGAUACCCACGUCAAGCCAUCAGAUGCCGCCGGUCCAGAAUGACUGCAAUCUAGCGGUUAUUGAUUCCAACAUCCAAUGCGUUAACAGCGCUCAGAUCCCGAAUCCCUACCAGCAUUUGAGUGGAGAAAACAUUGGCUCAGAACCAGGCAGUGAACCUGACGCUAGUACAUCUGAGCCAGUGCCUCUUCUGGGCAAUACUGGCACAGAUGGAGUUUGCUCUCCAUCCAAUGAACCAAAUGGUUCAGCAAAUGAAGAUGAUGAUACAUUUUCAUUCGAAAAUGAAUCUGUUCAACCCAAUGGUGAAUGCCAUCUUGUAGACAAACAAAAGGAGACAGAUAAUGAAUCAAAUAGGAUAAUGUCUAUUGACCCCAACGAGGAAUCUUUACUUCUCGAAAAAGCUUUGAGGUCUACACUAUUUGCAAAGCUAGGAACAAAAAAUGUGUCGAAGAACAGUGUUGUAUGUAAUGGCACAGGGAUUGCAGUGGAACGAGAGGCUGAAAAUGAUGCGAGAAGUGAAGAACCACAAAAAGUAAACGGGAGUUCUCCCGUCUCAGAGGUGAAGAAAAAUCAACAAUCUGAUAUUGAAGGCGUUGAUGUGCAUGAAAAAAGUUUCACUGAGGCUCCUCUUGAGAUCCAGAGAAAGCAUUCCAUCGAACAUUUGUCUUUGAAUUCUCAUUCCAGUGGAUAUUUUGAGGACAGAUGUUCCUUUGGAGGUGACCACUCAUUGACUUCUAUGAUCUUUUCGCCUUCCUACAUCUUGAGUAGUGCUUUUGGGUAUAUGAAGGUUAUAGACCCAAACAAUGUGAUGGAACAUCAGGACAGAAGUCAACAGAGUGGAGCUCGUGAUACUAAUAUUGAAGAAGGUGCUUGUAUAAACUCUGGUAAAGUGCAGUUUAGCAGUACCAUGGUAGACACAACGAAAAAGGCUCUGGUGAAAUUAUGUGAUAGAGAAUAUGGCUCUUAUACCACUGGUCCUGCUGUUGAUCCCUUUUGGCCACUUUGCAUGUAUGAGCUACGAGGAAAAUGCAACAAUGAUGAGUGUCCUUGGCAGCAUGUUAAGGACUACUCUACCACCGAGAUGUCUCCACAUCAGCAUGAUAAUUCUGAAAUUGCUGGUUGUCAGGUUGGACAAACGUUUUGCAAAGAAAAGUGUGAUGGUUCAGCAAAAGUUCCCUGGCGUCACAAUUUUACGACUUUACCAACUUACCUUGUUGGCUUAAGUACUCUAAAAGCUGAUCUGCAUUCAUAUGAUUCUGUUCUAGCACGGAGAAAUGGUGAAUGCUGGAAGAAGUGUUUCAGCCUUUUCUUAGCAUUGUCAAAGUCGUUUCAAAAAGAUUUUUCUACAGAUGGGCCAGUCUCGCAUGGAAAUGACGGCCGCAUCGAGGUCCCUGUGAGUUGGAACAGACAGUCAUCAUAUUUCCAGAGUAGAAAUAGCGGAGUGAAUCAACCGGAUCAAGCUUUGGCUGACAAUGAGCAAUACCUGGAAAAGGCUCUUUUAAUUUUCAGUCAAGAGGUCAAUACACUUGAGGGUAUGAAAAAGGCUCUUCCUGUAUUGUCACGUGCUCUUGAGGCUGAUCCAACAUCCGUAGUUCUCUGGGUCUUGUAUCUGCUUAUUUACUAUAGCAAUAUGAAGUCAGUAGGGAAGGAUGACAUGUUCUCUUGUGCGGUCAACUACAAUGAUCAAUCUUAUGAACUUUGGAUUAUGUUCAUCAACAGUCGGGUGCGGCUAAGUGACCGAUUGGUUACCUACGAUCUUGCCUUCUCAGCACUGUGCCGCCAUGCUUCUUCUGCCAAAGAUAAAGUGCAUGCUAGUGCUUGUAUCUUAGACUUAGUUUUGCAAAUGGUGGAUUGUCUAUGCAUGUCUGGGAAUGUUGAGAGGGCCAUUCAGAAAAUUUGUGGACUCUUCUCUGCUGCCACAAAUAUUUAUGACCCCGAUUCUCCAUUGCUUACUGAUAUGCCCAAAUGCCUAACAAGUCAUGACAAAUGUAUUUUGGGGGUGUGUUGUGUUUACUUGGUUAUCUAUAGGAAACUUCCUGAUGCUGUAGUACUGCAGUUUGAAUGUCAGAAAGAACUGUUUGCAAUAGAAUGGCCUUCUAUUGAAUUAACAGAUAAUGAAAAGCAGAGGGCUGUCAAACUGAUGGAAGCAGUAGAAGAUUCUGUAUGUCAAUCGCUGGAUAAAAGUGAUUUUAAUCUCAGUUUGGCACAUUUUUUUGCUCUGAGUCACUUAAGGUGCAUGGCAGCUAUUGACAGCUUAGAAAGGUGUAGUAAUCUUCUGGGUAAAUAUCUUAAAAUGUUCCCGUCCUGCUUAGAGCUUGUUCUAAUAUCGGCAAGGGCCCAAAAACAUGCUCCUGGUGAUUCGCUUUUUGACGGGUUUGAGGAAGCCCUAAAUAAUUGGCCAAAAGAAGUCCCCGGAAUUCAAUGCAUCUGGAAUCAGUAUGUUGUAUAUGCCUUUCAGAAAGGACAAUUUGAUUUUGGUAAAGAACUUAUAGGCCGUUGGUUUCAUUCUUUUUGGCAAGUUCAUUGUAUUCGAAAUGGUACAUUAGAUGACAUGGAGUGUGAUAACUCAGAUGGCUCACUAGGAUUGGCUUCGGAUUCAGUUCUGCAGACACUUAAUACUGAUUCUAAGCAGAUGGACGUAAUGUUUGGAUAUCUUAAUCUCUCGCUGUAUAAGUUAAUCCAAAAUGAUCAGAUUGAAGCUCGCUUAGCCCUCGAGAGGGCAUUGAAGGCUGCUGUUCCAGAAUAUUCAAAGCAUUGCAUGAGGGAGCAUGCAUUAUUUAUGCUAAGUGAGGAAUCAGGAUUUAAGGAGAGUGGUUGUCCUAGUGGCAUGGAGAAGAUUUUGAAACGUUACAUAGGUGAUGCCGAAGUUUUCCCUUCAUCUGAGCCAUUAUCUAGGCAGUUUAUUGCUGACAUCAAGAAGCCAAGAGUACGACAGCUGGUUAGUAGCGCAUUCAGUCCAUUCUCAUCUGAUUUUGCUCUUGUAAAUUCAGUUCUUGAAGUGUUGUAUGGACCAUCUCUUUUACCGAAAAAGACUGGUGAGACAAAAUGUCUGGUGGAUUUUGUUGAAGCCAUCUUGGAUAUAACUCCAUCCAACUAUCAGUUAGCUAUUUCUGUCUGUAAGCUGUUAAUUACUGGCAACAAUGCGACUGAUAUUACUUCAGUCAGUGUUUUGUUCUGGGCUAGCUCAAACUUGGUCAGUGCAAUCUUUCGUGCUGUCCCAAUUCCGCCAGAGUAUGUAUGGGUAGAAGCUGCAGACAUAUUGGGCAAUAUGGUGAAUGUUGAGGUUAUUUCUGAGAGGUUUUAUAAGAGAGCUUUAUCUGUAUAUCCUUUCUCUGUCAAGUUGUGGAAAUCCUAUUACAUGCUUUCUAUGAUGACUACAGGAAAUAUGAACACUGUUGUGGAAACAGCAAAGGAAAAAGGAACUACAGAAGCUUGUACAUGAUAGGAGCGCAAUCAAAGAGAUUAAGGGUUCAGCAACUUCGCUACACUUUCUGAAAUUUGAUAGAGACAAAGGAAUCUCUGCACAUGAGGUGCAGUGUCUGUUUUGUGGUUAACUUACUUUGCUAGCUUUAUAUUUCAUGUUGUCUUCCUUCUUCUUAGUAACUUCUUCACACAAUCUGUUGAUUUAUUGUAGCUGCCGGAUUGUUGUACAUGAAUCACAGGAAUGAAAUGGGAACGUGUUUAGUUUUUGAA